GUUUUCAGCUGAGUCAUGGUCCUGAUGUAGGUGUCUGUGAGGACUUUUAGGUCACACACUUGCUGAUCAUCUGCACACAUCAGACGUCGCACAAUGCAGAAACAGAUUCAAUCUGAACUAGUGAGGUUUUUUUUUUAUCUCCCCGUCUCACCUGCAUUGACAGAUUACCUGUGAGGAGUUUUGAUUGGGAAUUCAUAUGAGUCGGUAGAUUAUGUAGGGAAACCAGUUGACUUCUGACAGACAGCAGAUGGGAUCUGUUCGUGUGUCUCGCUCCCCUCCCAAGUCCAGCAGGGUAAAAGCUCGUCCUUCCCACACAGCAGCAGCACCACGUGUCGGCCACAGGUCCAGCACCUGCUGCAGCUCCGAGUGCGUCAACAGCCCGCUGCAGGCGGAGGAGGAGGAAGAGGAGGAGGAGGAGGAGGAGUCUGCUCCACCUGACCGGAGAGGAAAAAGUGUCUCAUCCUCCUUCACACUCCCUCCUUCCUCUCAGAUCAAAACGUCGUUGUCUCUAUUCAUCUGGAAUUUGAAAGACCCCAGCAUCACAGGGGUCAGUCAGAAGGUCACAGCCUGGACCAGACCUCGUCGACAUGAAGAAGGGGCUCCAGGCUCAAGGCGGACAUCACGGGAUGGGGGACAAACAGAGGGACAUGUGGAGGGAGACGGAGUGGCAGAGCGGGAGGGCAGAGAGGAAGCUCCUGGCCUUUUGGAUGUCCUUGUCCCAGAGGAGGUGGAGGCUGUUCAGGCCGGCCGUCCAGCGCUCCGCCUCGGCCGCCCGGCUGCUGAAGAGCGAGGCGUGAGGAGACAAAGGGGGUCUUUGUGUGUGUGUGUGCGUGUGUGUGUGUGUGUGUGUGUGUGUGUGUGUGUGUGUGCGUGUGUGUGUGUGUAGGCGUGUGUAUGUGUGUGUGUGUCAGAAGAUUCCUACCAGACCUGCAUUAAGUAGAUGUGUGUGUGUACACUCCACUUCCACGCUGAACGUCCCUCUAAGUUAAAGUCAGACUAACUUCGUUGUGAGUUUUCAAAGUGAAGGUGGAGGUGACAGGUCUUGGGCUGAACAGGAAGUGAUGUCAUCUCACACCUGAGCAAAGCCUUGAAGCGGUGAUGGGUUCAGACCGAUGUGUCAUGGCGGUGGCACAUCAGUCCCUGCAAGCUGCGUUUCCAGGGAACCAGAUCAGAGGCCUCGGCUGCAGAUGGAGCCGCUCUGCCGGCGGCCUCAUGGUGAAGCCGGUCCGGCUCCACAUCCUGCCGGCCGGGCCGGUCAUGGACGCCGCACAACACUGGCAGGUGUUCCAGCAGAUCUCUGAGGUGUUCGUCUUGGUGCCGGCUCUGGUGGGGCUGAAGGGAAACCUAGAGAUGACACUGGCAUCCCGUCUGUCAACAGCAGCCAACAUGGGGCAGAUGGACGAGACUCGGCAGCGCUGGAGGACGGUGCUCUGUAACAUGGCCCUCAUUCAGGUUCAGGCUACAGUUGUGGGCUUCCUGGCUGCCGUAGCCGCCGUGGCUCUGGGCCGUCUGAGCAGAGAGAGAGUGGACGGUGUCCAGGCUGCCAUCCUGUGUGCCAGCAGCAUCAGCACUGCUUUCAUCGCCGCGCUCGCUCUAGGGCUGGUGGUGGUGGCUGUGAUUAUUGGCUCCAGAAAGCUGGGCAUCAACCCGGACAACGUGGCCACGCCCAUCGCUGCUAGCCUCGGUGACCUCAUCACCCUGUCCCUGCUUGCUGGGGUCAGCAGCUUCUUCUUCACCUACAGAGAUCUGUGGUACCUGCCCACCGUGGUGGGGGGCUUCUUCCUGCUGCUCACCCCCGUGUGGGUCAUCAUCGCCAGCCACAGUCCACCAAUCAGAGAAGUCCUAAAGUCAGGAUGGCAGCCGGUCAUCUUGGCCAUGUCUGUCAGCAGCAUUGGUGGUCUGAUUCUGGAUAAAACUGUGAGCAACCCCAGCUUUGAAGGCAUGGCUGUGUUCACCCCCAUCAUCAACGGAGUUGGAGGAAAUCUGGUGGCGGUCCAAGCGAGCAGGAUGUCUACCUACCUCCAUUACUGGAGCGUUCCUGGAGCUCUCCCAGUAAAAAUGAGUGCUGACUGUCCUGGACCCUGCACCGCCUUCUGCUCCUCAGAUGUGAACUCUAAAUCAGCCAGAGUUCUGGUCGCCCUUGUGGUACCAGGUCACCUCCUCUUCCUCUACACAGUCCAGCUGCUGCAGGGAGGCCAUACCGCCAUGACGCCUACCUUCAUCAUCUGCUACCUGUGUGCAGCUCUGCUUCAGGUGGUGGUUCUGCUCUACUCUUCCGUCCUGAUGAUCCGCUGGCUGUGGAGACGGAGUUUGGAUCCAGAUAACUACUCCAUCCCCUACCUCACGGCUCUGGGGGACCUGCUGGGAACUGCUUUCUUGGCCCUGACCUUCAGGUUUCUUAUGACGGGCAGCUCUGAAGAGACCGGGCUUCUGGUCAGCACUAGUACCUAAUGUGAAAGACUGAAGCACACCGCUGAGCUCACUGCAACUGCAGUUGAAAGACAAUGAAACAAAAAGACAGGUGGUGACUUAAUAAUUAGAGAUGCUAUAAUCUGACUUUGGAUCAAACCAUAAUUCUGUCACAAUCAUUAUUCACUAUAAGGGAAAACAAAACGCUCACAUAAUGUGUAGCUUAAAAAACAACAACUCAGAUUUUGUUCUGCUGUCAGUCUUGAUUGUUUAGUUGAUCUUUAGUAAACUGUCUGGACGGUACGACUGUCUUUGACGAGCUGCAAGAAGUUCUUCUCAAAAGAGAAAAGUUCUGCUCCACAAAUUUUCCCUCAGUAUGCCCACUGCUAACGCAGAACAUUAGAUAAUAUAAGAUAAUAAAAGAUAAAAACUUUUUAAACACAUUUGAAUAAUUAGCUGAGCUUAAUGCCCUGUUGAUAACUAGGAUUAAAGGAAAUGUAUGAGUGAAUUAAAAUGACCUUUCUUGUUUAGGCGCAUUGAGACGACAUUUGUUGUGAGUUGGCACUAAAGAAAUAAACUGAACUGAAUUGAAGCUCAGCAAAUAAUAACCAAUUAUUCCUCCUGAUCCCUUUAAGCUCCGCCCCUUUCCCAGGUUCCUCCACAUCUGUAGUUGUUAGUGAUGCUGAUGUUCUGAACAGGAUGGACCCUCAAUCAGGUUCUGCUUGAGGCCCCAUAUGACCUUAGGACGGGCUUGUAUUUGCCAUUUGCUUAACUGAAGCAUGGUGGUGGUAGUAUCAUUCUACCAGGCUGUUUAUUGUUAGCAGAACCUGGGGAAACGUGUUAUGGAUGGUGUUAUAUUCCUGAAGAAGACUUUCUCAGAAGAGCUACAUUACCACACACACAGCUAAUUGGCAGUGUUUGUGGGUUAUGGGUGAGAUUUCAGUCUUUUAGAAGAAUCUCAGUCUGGUUAAGAAUCUGUCAGCAACAGAAGAGCAAUGAAUGUCAACAGAGCCAAGAUUAUGCAGUGUAAAGGUUAAGGACAGGAGAUGAACAGAUGCAACUAUAGCAUAUGCAAGAAAUUUAAGCUAUUGCAAAAAGGGGAUCGUUAACUCCUGACCUAAGGUUAUGCAAAAUAAAUAUUUAUCAUGAGUAGAUUGAUGUAGGUUACAAUGUAGGUCGUUUUGCAUAGAAAAAACUUAAGAUAUGUAAGAGUAAAACGACACAUCACAAAACGUGUGUAAGCUAAAGAAUGUGAGAACUUCUAUUGAUAAUGGAGAUAAAUUCUCCACCAAAUCUGUUUUAUAAAGCGAUUCCUCACAAGUUGCGUUUCCAUUAACCGUUAAAUUGUGCAGAUUGAAAUUAUGAAGAUAAAUUUGCUUAAUGGAAGACUCGUCCAUUAAAAAAAAUGAACGUUUUUAAAUGAAACGUUGUUGUGCUGAGAUGAGGUGGUUUUUCAGCCGUACCAAACAUGGAUAUAUUCUACAAAAGUGCAAUGGAAACACUUCUUUGCAUCACACGAGUCAUGUGAUGGUUACUACUGGUGGAAAACAUAAAUAAGACCACAGGAAGUAGUAGGAGGAUGACGGCUUGUUUUUGAGUAGUUCUCCCCCAGAACUCUCACAUCAUCAGAGGAUUCAUAAAAAGUUGUCAUUCCAACCUGUUGAAUCCACAGCUCUUCUGGAAAACGGAUGAUUACAAUUUCCCUAAAACGCCGCAUAGGCAGCCGCUCCCAUGUAGGCCUGAAUAAAACGCUGACGUCUCCUGAUUGGCUGAUAAAUGAUGAGAGUGAGCUCUAUGGUUGAAUUAUGGAUAUAUUUCAUGUAACUGUUUACAUCCAUCGCUGCCAUGAUUUUUAAUGACUUUUCAUGUGAACAAGCUUAUUCACGUGUGAUUUUAAUUUCAUUUUUUAUUUCAUGUCAACAUUGCAAUUGCGAAAAUGUGUUUUUUUUUAUUGACAUUAGCAGAAUAUCGACAAAGAUUUGUGCACAAAUGUAACGGAAAUGCAGCUAGUAUUUCAUUCUGCUCUUAUUCCUGGUAGAGCUUCCUGGUCAGAAUUAGGUCACAGAUCUGACCAGUUCAACGUAAAAAAAUAAACAAGUGUCCAAGUAAGAAAAAAUGUAACUAAACUUCUUCAGUACUUUGGUCCUUAGUAUUCCUCCGUUGUUCACAUGCAGUUUGAUGGGCUCAAAUUGAAAUAGUAGAAACACCAGUUAUUGCACGCCUAUUGUUAUUGCUAGAUGGUCGGUGAUGAUAUUAUGACCAAUAGACAUAAUUGUGUGUGUAUGUUAACAUAAAACAGACACUAUAAGGCUCUUGUAUUUAACUUGUCUCUGUGUUA